CCAUGAGCGUGGUGCUGCGGAACGCUCAGCGCUCUGUGCCCGUGCGCCGGGCCCCACUCCGCCGCGCCGUAUGCGCCCUGCGCGCUGCCCUGGGCGCCUCACGCUUCGACGUGGGGCUCGUCUGCGCCGGCAACGCGCUGAUGCAGCGUCUGAACGGCGCCUACCGACAGCGCCCGGAGCCCACCGACGUCCUGUCCUUCCCGUUCCACCAGGUCGCGGCGGGGGAGUUGCCGCGGCCGCGCUGCUGCGGCGAGUACAACCUGGGGGACAUCUUCCUGGGCGUGGAGUACAUCCACCAGCAGUGCCGCGACGCCGGAGAGGACUUUGAGGGCGUUCUGGUGGUGAGCGCCGGGCAGGAGGGCGGGCGGGCAGGCGCGGCCGGUCAGUCACACAGCGCGCUGUGCUCUCCCCCCGCGCAGGUGACGGCAGCCCACGGACUGUGCCAUUUGCUCGGCUACCGGCACGACACGAAACCCGCGUGGGAGCAGAUGUACCGGAAGGAAGCGCAGAUCCUGGAGGAGCUGAACCGCCUUACUGGCUCCCGGCUGCGGCCCCUCACCGCCGGCCUCUUCUGAGGGACCGCCCCGGACGUGGCGUGCG